AUGUCGCGCCCGCAACGAGAACAGCAAGCGGCCGGGGCAGAACAUGACGAUCCUCCACAGCCUCCAGCUAAAACAUGUGCAACGUUCUCAAUAAACCCGCCGGAAUCCUUCGACUUUUCGAAGCCACAUGACUGGGAAAAAUGGAUAAGACGGUUUGAGCGCUUCAGAGUGGCUAGCGACCUGGAUAAGUCAACAGAUGCUAACCAGGUAAACACGCUAAUAUAUUGCAUGGGAGACGAGGCAGAUGACGUUUUAAAAGGGCUGACUUUAUCCGCCGAUCAGAAAGAGGUGUACAGCUCCGUCAGAGACGGCUUCACAAACUUUUUCGUGCCGAAGAAAAAUGUGAUUUACCAAAGGGCUAAAUUUAACCAGCGAGCACAGGGGCCGUCCGAAUCUGCUGACUCGUUUAUUACAGCUUUAUAUGCACUGGCUGAAGAUUGUGAGUACGGGGCACUGCGCGAUGAACUGUUGAGGGACAGGAUCGUAGUGGGCAUCAGAGACAGUUCACUUUCUCAGAAAAUGCAGAUGGAGAGCAGGUUGGAUCUGGCAAAAGCCAUUAUUAUGGUUAGACAAGCAGAGGACAUUAAACGUCAACAAACAGAUCUGAGAGGGGAUGCUAUACAUGCUAGUAAAACUACUGUGGAUGCUGUCCACACAAGGAAAGCAAAGUUUCAAGCAUGGAAAAACAAAAAACAGCCUGCUAAACAAUAUAAAGACAAGCACGAAGCACAAUCAGCAGCUGAGCAUAAGUCAUGUCCCAAAUGUGGAAAUCUGCAUGCUAAGUUCCAGUGCCCAGCAAAGUAUGCAGACUGCCACAACUGCGGCAAGAGAGGACACUAUGGCAAAGUGUGCAAGGCUACUAAAAGUGUGAGUGCUGUCACGGAAGAUAGUGACAUAUUCCUGGGAACCAUUGAUGCAGGAGAAGAUGCAUGGACAGUAGACUUACAAGUAAGGAAUACUAAUGUGAGGUUUAAAAUUGAUACAGGAGCGGACGUUACAGUCAUACCGGAGCAGGUGUACAGACAAAUAUGCAGUGGCACCGCACACAACCUCACCCCAGGAAAUAAAGCUCUGUUUGGGCCAGGCCGUGUACCUCUCUCGGUAGUGGGUGUAGCCAGAGAAACACUGAAAAAUGGAGAUAAACGCACCACAGAGGACAUUUAUGUAGUGAAGCACUUGAACACGGCUUUGCUGAGUAGACCCGCCUCAGUUAACCUCAGACUGGUAGCCAGAGUGGAUAGCAUUGACUUGGACGCUGUAAAACGGCAAUAUCCAAAACUGUGCGGUGGGUUGGGUCUAGUCCAGCAGCAGUACACAAUCAAGCUUAGACCAGAUGUCAAGCCUGUUUCUUUGAAAGUGCCUCGUCGUGUCCCACUGCCCUUGAUGGGGAAAGUAAAGCAGGAACUCCAGCGCAUGGAGCAGCUAGGAGUCAUCAGCCGGAUAGAGCAGCCGACAGAGUGGUGCUCUGGCAUGGUGGUCGCACCAAAGAAAGCAAAGGAUGAAAUCCGGAUCUGUGUAGAUCUCUCUCCCCUCAACAAAGCGGUGUGCAGGGAAAAGUUUAUCCUCCCAUCUGUGGACCAGACGCUUGGCAUGCUGUCUGGAGCAAAGAUAUUCACCAAACUGGAUGCCAAUAUGGGGUUUUGGCAGAUCCCAUUAUCAAAAGACUGUGCCCACUACACCACUUUUAUCACUCCAUUCGGACGCUUUUUCUUUAACCGCUUACCAUUUGGUAUUGCCUCCGCUCCAGAGCAUUUUCAAAACCGCAUGGUAACGGAAGUGACAGAAGGCUUGGAAGGGGUCGUCUGCCACAUGGACGAUGUCCUUAUAUGGGGUUCCACACAAGCUGAGCAUGACACAAGGGUGCAUGCGGUGCUGCAGAGGGCACAGGCAGCAGGCAUCACACUGAAUACAGCCAAGUGUGAGUUCAGCAAAACCAAGGUGAAGUUUCUUGGAUACAUCAUCUCAGCUUCUGGGAUAUGCCCUGACCCAGAAAAGACACGUGCUGUACGUGAGAUGGAUCCGCCACACAACGUCAGCGAGCUCAGGAGCUUUCUGGGAAUGGUGAAUCAAUUAGGCAAGUUUGUGCCGAACCUGGCUGAAAAGGACAAAGCCCUCAGAGACCUGCUGUCAAAACAGAACCUGUGGUAUUGGGGGCCAGAACAGCAGAAGGCAUUCACCAGUCUCAAGCAUGAGUUAGCGUCCACUCCAGUCCUGCAGUUAUAUGACCCAAACAAAGAACUGAAAAUAUCAGCCGAUGCCUCGUCAUAUGGGCUAGGCAGUGUACUUCUGCAGAAAUGCAAGGGGAUCUGGGCACCUGUGGCUUAUGCGUCCAGGGCGCUCACAGGCACGGAGCAGCGCUAUGCUCAGGUGGAGAAGGAAGCACUGGCCCUGACAUGGGCAUGUGAAAGAUUCAGCGACUUCAUCAUCGGUCUUCAUUUUGAGCUGGAGACGGAUCACAAGCCCCUCGUGAGCCUGCUGGGAGGACAAGCGCUGGAUUCCCUCCCACCGAGAAUACAAAGAUUCAAGAUGAGACUCAUGAGGUACAUGUAUACAAUCAAGCACGUCCCAGGGAAAAGCCUUACUACAGCAGACACAUUAUCACGGGCGCCGUUGAAGGAUGGGGGGACUGUUGCGGAUGGCCUGAUGGAGGAAACUAACAUAUAUGUGGACUCUGUGAUGGAACACUUACCAGCAAGCGAAGCUUACCUGUCCGAGCUGCGGAAACAGCUGAGUGCGGACAGCGUGUGCGCGGAGGUGAUGAAGUACUGCAUGGAGGGCUGGCCAGAUCGCAGCAGACUGGAUGUGCUAGUGAGACCCUACUGGACUGAUAGGGCUGUUCUCAGCACUCACAAUGGACUGUUAUUGCGGGGCACUAGACUAGUAAUCCCUUCUGUAAUGAGGAAUAGUGUGCUAGAGAAAAUUCAUGAAGGACACCAGGGAAUAGUCAAAUGCCGUGAACGAGCCAAGCAAUCCGUGUGGUGGCCGGGGCUUAGCAGCCAAAUUGGUGAGCUGGUGUUGAAAUGCACAGCAUGCGUUAAAGAACGUGCCAAUGUGACUGAGCCUCUUAUGCCUUCCAAGCUACCUGAUAGGCCAUGGCAGAAGCUAGGGGCUGAUUUGUUUACCUUGAAAAACAAAGAUUACCUGCUUGUUGUGGACUAUUUUUCCAGGUAUGUGGAGGUGGCCCAGCUGAGCCCUACAAGGAGUGUGGAUGUGGUGAUGCACCUCAAGUCAAUUUUCGCCAGACACGGCAUACCAGAGAUUCUAGUCACAGACAACGGGCCUCAGUUCGCGGGGGCUCACAUGUCGGCCUUCGCCACAGAGUAUGAAUUUGAGCAUGUAACGAGCAGCCCAAGAUACCCCCAAAGCAACGGUGAGGCUGAGCGCGCUGUCCAAACCAUCAAAAACCUGCUGAAAAAAGCCAUUGACCCUUACCGUGCGCUGCUGGCUUAUAGGAGCACUCCUUUGAACAAUGGCUUCAGUCCAGCUCAGCUGCUUAUGGGGCGGCGCCUGCGCACCACUGUGCCAGCUUUCCCAGCAGUGUUGGAGCCAGCCAUUCCAGACCUUCGGUCUGUGCAGUGCAAAGAAAGUAAGAGGAGAUGGAUGGAUGCAAGCAACUACGACCGCAAACACAGAGUGAGAAAUCUCUCUGACCUGUCACCAGGGGAUCAAGUGUGGAUCACAGACACAAGAUCUACAGGUACUGUGACAGCCGCACAUGAAACACCUAGAUCUUACCUGGUCAGUGGACCACAGGGCACUUUGAGGAGGAAUCGCCGCCACCUCACGCCCAUGUCGGCAGACAACAGCAAUAACACACAAGAGCAUGCUGCAGGGGUUGACCUGCAGGACACUUCCACAGACACUGGGCAGGUGUCUCCGGAGUGGUCUAGCAACACUCCCCAAACUGUGAGAACCAGAUCAGGCAGGGUUAUCACAAAGCCAGAUAGACUGAAUCUGUGA